UCGAACGAGAUGUCUUACAACACAGAUAAUCCAAAUUGCCGUUGUGGGUUGCGAGCUGAAAUUCGCACUUCGUGGAAAACUCCAAAUUGUGGAAGAAGAUAUUUCUCGUGCCUCCAUUGGCCUGGAGGAGGAUGCAAGUAUUUUGGAUGGGUCGAUCCUCCUCUUUGUGCCCGUGCUCAACAAAUAAUUCCUUGGUUGCUCAGGAGAUUGAAUGAAAUAGAAGAAUCAAGUAAGAGUGCUGACAUUGAAAAAUUCGAGGUUCUGAAGUUUGAAGAAGAAAACAAGAAAUUGAAGAAACUCAAUUUUCAGUUUGAAGAAAAAAACAAGAAGUUUAAGAAACUCAAUUUUGAGUUUGAAGAAGAAAACAAGAAACUGAAGGCAGAAAUUCUGAAAUUGAAGUAUGAGAGUGCCAAAAAAACAAGACUUUUAAGGAUGUUAGUAGCAUUAUUGAUAAUUUGGAGUUUGGUGUUUUCCUUUUGUGGCUCUCAGACAGAUGAUGAAAAGAUGGUGAAUAAUUGA